GCCCUCCCCGGCCCCACCGGCUCCCCACCGGCGCCCAGCGCCCGCCCGGGGCCAUGCGCGCCCCGACGGCUCCGGCACCGGCACCGGGACGGAGCAGCACCGGCACCGGGCGGGCGCCGCCGCCGCCCCCCGGGGCCAUGAGCGCGGCGUGGGGCGGCCCCGGGGGGCGCUGGCGGGGCGGGGGGGGGCGGCGGCGGGGGGCUCGGCGGCGGCCCGGGGGGGCCCGGGGGUGCCGGGGGUCCCGGGGGGCGCUGCGCUCUCUGGGCGGCCUGGCCGGGCGGCUGCUGCGCGCAUGGGGGCGCCUGGCGGGGGGGCGCGGGGCGCAGCGGGGGGAGCCCGAGGACGACGAGGGGGGCUUCGGGGGCGGGGGGGGCAGGGGGCGGCGGGCACCGGCAUCGGGACCGGGGUCGGGGUCGGGGCGGGGGUCGGGACCCGGGGGCGGCGGGACCGGGAUGGGCACCGGGACCGGGACGGGGACGGGGAUGGAGGCGGGGACCAGGGUGGGGACCGCGAUGGGGACGGGGCUGGGGACCGUGUCCCGGCCGCCGGGCGCGCAGGGGCUGCGGAACCACGGCAACACGUGCUUCAUGAACGCCGUGGUGCAGUGCCUCAGCAACACCGCCCCGCUCGCCGAGUUCCUCGCCCUCGGCCGCUACCGCGCCCGCGGAGCCCGAGCCGAGGUCACGCAGCGCCUGGCGGCCCUGGUGCGCGCCCUCUGGACCCUCGACUACAGCCCGCGGCUCUCCGCGGAGUUCAAGAGCAUCGUGUCCAAGCACAGCGCGCAGUUCCGGGGCAACGCGCAGCACGACGCCCUCGAGUUCCUGCUCUGGCUGCUGGACCGCAUGCACGAGGACCUGGGCACCGCCUCGCCCGCGCAGGGGCCCUGCGCCACCGCCGAGCCUGUCCCGGAGCAGAGCAGCAGUGCCGGCGGUGCCGCGGCACCCCGCGCGCAGAGCUUUGUGCAGAGCCACUUCCAGGCGCAGUACAGGUCCUCGCUGACGUGCCCGCACUGCCUGAAGCAGAGCAACACCUUCGACCCCUUCCUCUGCGUCUCGCUGCCCAUCCCCACGCGCCAGACCAGGGCGCUGAACGUGACGCUGGUGCUGCAGCGCGAUGCCGGGCGCCCGCUGCGCGUGGGGCUGGCGGUGCCGCUGCGGGGCACGGUGGCGGAGCUGCGCGCCAUGGUGGCACGGGAGGGGGACGUGCCCCCCGAGCAGGUGAUCCUGGCGGAGGUGUCCCCGCGGGGCUCCCUGCGCUCGCUGGGUGACAACGAGGAGCUGGGCACGGCCGGGGAGGGGGCGGCCCUGUACGCGCUGCAGGAGCCCCCUGCGCCCCCCGCAGGCCGCCCCCCGGCCCCCCCCAUGCUCCUGCUGUUGCUGUGCCACACCGCGGGCAGCGGCCCCCAACAGGCCAGGUUCGGGCCCCCCCUGGUGCUGUGGCAGGAGCGGGGCGCGGCGUGGGCGCAGCUGCAGCGCCGCCUCCUGGCCCCGCUGCGGCCCCUGAUGAGGAGCGGGGCGCAGGGCUCAGGGACCCUGUUCCGGCUCCGCGUGGCCGGGGACGCAGCGCCCGGCACCUACCUGUCCCCGCAGGACGCGCGGCCCCUCUGCCACCCCGCCAUCGACAGGGCGCUGCGGCUGAGCGGCGCGGGCGGCCCCCCCCACGUGCAGCUGACGGCCGAGUGGGACGUGGCCACCAAGGAGCGCCUCUUCGGCAGCCUCCAGGAGGAGGCCGUGCAGGACGCCGAGAGCGUGCGGCUGCAGCAGCAGGCACACCAGCAGCACAGCUGCACGCUGGACGAGUGCUUCCAGCUCUACACCAAGGAGGAGCAGCUGGCCCCGGACGACGCGUGGUGCUGCCCGCACUGCCGAGUGCCGCAGCAGGGCACGGUGAAGCUGAGCCUCUGGACGCUGCCCGACAUCCUCAUCAUCCACCUCAAGCGGUUCCGGCAGGUGGCCGAGCACCGGCACAAGCUCACCACCCUGGUGCGCUUCCCCCUGCGGGGGCUGGACAUGGCCCCACACCUGGCCCCGGGGGGGGGCCGCUGGGCGCCUCGACGCCUGCCCGAGAGCCGCCCCCGCGACUCCCUGUACGACCUGUACGCCGUCUGCAACCACCACGGCAGCAUGCAGGGCGGACACUACACCGCCUACUGCUGCAACUCCCUGGACGGGCGGUGGUACAGCUACGACGACAGCACGGUGGAGGCGGUGCAGGAGGACGAGGUGAGCACCCGCAGCGCCUACAUCCUCUUCUACCAGCGCCGCGACGCCAUCCCCGCCUGGUCGGCCAGCAGCGCCGCCAGAGGCUCCACCAGCUCACCCCUGUCCGAUCACUGGGUGGCCCGGCUGGGCGGCAGCAAGCGGGACAGCGCCGUGUCACAGCCCCCUGCCCCCCGUCCCUCCCCGCCCAGCACCCCGGACACCAGCACUGCCCAGGAGAAAGGUGGCUUCGAGGCGAGGCCCUCGGUGCGCGGCAUCCAGAGCCGCAGCCUCAGCAUGAAGCUGCCCCCCGCCCGCCGCGACGGCCCCCCCAGGCCCGUGCCCCUGCGCUGGUCCUUCACCUCCCGGCCGUGGGCACCGGGGCAGCUGGUGGUGCACCUGGAGCCGGGGCACCGGCCCCGCCGCCCCCACCGUGCUGUCCUCCCAGCAGGGGCGGGUGAGGAUGGCAGCCCCCACGCUGCCCCCCAGGCCCAGAGCCCCUCGCUGGGUGAGGCAGCCGCCCCCAAAAAAUCCGAGCUGCCCCUCUGCACCCCAACGCUGCGCCGAGCCCGGAGUGCAGGUGCCGAGGUGGCCCCGCGCCUGCACCCCAAAAGCAAGAUCCCCCCCGGGAGCGGGGAGCUGGAGCAGAGACCCCCCCGGGGGCGGCAAGAGGGCAAAGCUGGGGGGGCUGCGCUCUGCAGCAGCCCGGGGAGCCCCGAGCCGCCCAUCAGGCGCUCGCAGAGCUCGGCCAGCCUCCCCCCGCGCCCCCUCCGCCUGCUGCGGCGCUCGGCCUCGCUGGGCAGGGGCGCGGGGGGCCCCCCACAGCCCCCACCCGGCCCCCCGGGUGUGCGGGGUGCAGUGCUGCGGGGCCGGGAGCGCACGGCAUCGCUGCGCCAUGCGGCUGUGCCCGAGUCCAGCUUCUGAGCAGGGCCCCUGGGGCUGGUGUGAGGCUGAAAUGGGAGCGUCCGGCACUGGGGGCAUUGGGCAGGGGGGUGCCCGGAAUUGGGGCAUUUCUGCACCAUGAACAUCCAGCUCCCGGCUGCACGGUGCCGGGGGCAUCAUGCAGGUACCUGGAGGCGGCGCAUCCCUGCACCGUGAGCACCCCAAACCUGGGUGCGUGGUGCUGGGGGCAUCAUGCAGGGGGGUGCCUGGAAUGGGGGGGGUAACCCUGCACACCUGGCACCCCAGGAAGAUCCCGCAGCAGGGCACCCUGCACCCCGCUGCACCGGGGGCAUCCUGUGCCCCAGCGCCUUCCCAAGCCAUGCCUUACCUGGGAGCGAGCACCAGGCAGCAGGCGUGGGGGCCGUGGGACAUCAGGAGAGGAGAGGAUUUAUUCUGUACGGAGAGUUUUAUGCAGAGAUGGUUUUUGUUUUGUACGAGGCGACUCCUCGGCAGGGUGGCCGGCAGCGGGGCGCCGCUCCCGCUCUCAGGGCUAUGCAAAACGCGAUUCCUCCACCCAGCUUUUGUACGCGGGGGCUGCUGGCGGCGGCGCUCUGAGCUCUUUUAUUAAAGACACGUGAAAGGAGCUG